CCUUGUGCCAAAAAAAACUUGUAUUUAACAAACGUUCUAUCAUGCCACGUUCGUUUUUAAUUAAGAAACAUUUAUCGUAUAGAGGUAGCUCACCCAAAAAAAGAUAUUGGACAGAAGUAAACAAUGAUGUCAUUAUUUCAACUCUGCCAGUAAUGGUGCCUUUUUAUCCUGAAAACCCAGCUCCAUUUGACUUAACUAAGAAAGCAACAGUUGUAGGCCCAGAACUUGAUAACAAUUCUCAACCUUUGAAGAAAUGCUCACAAACCCAUCAGUUUUCAGAAGUUACUCUUCCUAUUGAAUCGUAUCCUAACAUGGCGGACGCUGUGACCAGCCAUUCGGGUGGAUCUUAUUUUUAUCGAAGUCUGAUGCCCCGGUAUUCAUCUUUCGGCCACUCUCCUUGCCAUUUUGAGCAACAUUACAAUUUCGGGUCCAUUGGUCAGCCACCGAUGUCUCCACCUAAAUCACCACCUCUUUUCACUCGUGACUCUGAUAGGUUUCCUAGCAAGUUGUAUUUACCGAAACCAGCUUUUGAGAGAGAGAACCUUUUAUCAUCAACGCCACAACUAUGGACAACUGCCAAGAAUAACUCACAGACUACAUGGUUCCAAAAUGACCACAACGAAUCGUUAUUGGUAGCUCCUCUUAGUCCUGAGUCGGAAGGGGAGACUACCCUAGACAACAACUCCAUUACAGUAAUGGUUAGUAGAACACAAGUAAAUAAUUCACGAUACCAAUGUUCGGAAUGUGGCAAGAAUUAUUCUACUUGUAGUGGACUGUCUAAACACCAACAAUUCCACUGUGAGACAAAUGCGAAAAAGUCCUUUAGUUGUAAACAUUGCGACAAAGUGUACGUUUCCCUCGGGGCUCUCAAGAUGCACAUCAGGACUCACACUCUUCCGUGUAAGUGUACUGUAUGCGGGAAAGCUUUCUCUCGGCCCUGGCUUCUCCAAGGUCACGUCCGGACACACACGGGAGAGAAACCAUUCUCCUGUCCACACUGUAACCGAGCUUUUGCCGAUCGAUCUAACCUGCGGGCUCAUCUCCAGACACAUUCGGACGUGAAGAAGUACAAGUGCAAAACCUGUAACAAAACAUUUUCCCGCAUGUCCUUGUUAGUUAAGCACGAAGACGGAGUAUGUGCGAACGGGUUACAGCAGCAGUAACAGACAUGACAGCUGUGUUCUACUUCGACGAUGCGGCUGCUUUUUGUUGUCAUUUUUUAGCUACGAUGUGUUUUAUUUUUCAAUUUAGCCAUUCCAGUUACAUGUUUUUAAUUUUCCUCGAAUCCGGUUCUAGAACAUAACUCACAUUUAUUUCUAUAGUAAGAACAAAUAUUCUGUAAUGUUUCUGUAGGCCUACAUAAAUGUCUCAAACACGAAACAACUGAAGGGUAGGUCGAAGUUUUGAACCACAAGAACUUAAUUAAUACUAGUUGGUACAUAACGUUGGCUAUAUAAUUCAAGUCUGUUGUGGAGCAAUAAAUUUUAACAGUUUUCCUUCAAGCUCCAAACUGACG